AUGGAGCCCCACAACCACUCCAGCCUGACUGAUUUUGUGCUCCUUGGCUUCCCCAGCGUGGGACAUGUCAGGGGCUGGCUUUUUGUCCUGCUGCUGCUGGCUUACCUGUUCACCAUAGGUGGCAACACACUCAUCUUCUUGGUCAUUCGACUGGACCCAGCACUUCACAAACCCAUGUACCACUUUGUCAGCGUUCUCUCCUUCUUGGAGCUGUGGUACACCGCCACCACCAUCCCCAAGAUGUUAGCAAAUCUGCUCAGUGAGAAGAAAACCAUUUCUUUUGCAGGUUGCCUGCUGCAGACCUACUUCUUCCAUUCCCUGGGGGCCUCUGAAUGUUACCUUCUUACAGCCAUGGCCUAUGACCGAUACUUGGCUAUUUGUCGGCCUCUCCACUACCCUGCAAUCAUGACCUCAACGCUCUGUGCCAAGAUGGCCGCUGGCUGUUGGACCUGUGGCUUUCUGUGUCCCAUUUCUGAGGUGAUCCUGGUCUCUCAGCUCCCCUUCUGCGACUACAAUGAAAUCCAACAUAUCUUCUGUGACUUUCCACCUCUUUUGAGCCUGGCGUGCAAGGACACAUCUACGAACGUUUUGGUGGACUUCACUGUCAAUGCCUUCAUCAUCCUUGUCACCUUCCUCUUCAUCAUGGUUUCUUAUGGGAGAAUCAUCGGGGCAGUGCUGAAGAUCAAAACCGCGGCAGGAAGAAAGAAGGCUUUUUCUACCUGCGCCUCCCAUCUCACAGUGGUGCUCAUCUUCUUUGGGAGCAUCAUCUUCAUGUACGUUCGGCUAAAGAAGAGCUACUCCCUGACCCUGGACCGGACACUUGCUGUAGUCUACUCAGUGCUAACACCACUGGCCAAUCCCAUUAUCUACAGUCUUCGAAACAAGGAACUCAUUAAGGCCAUUAAGCGGACCAUCUUCAGGAAGGGGGAGAAGGCUUGCCCCACUCACCACUGA